AUGGGCCUCACCCUCCAUAUCUUCCUAAGAGCCGCCACUAGUGACUGGCGCCCCUGCGGGGAUUGCAGGAUCUUGAGCAACGUCACUGUCCCGGACCGCUACCCUGUCCCACAUUUUCCGUAUUUUGCCGGUGCCCUAUUCGGAAAAUCGGUGUUCUCGAAGACGGGCCUAGUCCGUGCCUCCCACCAAAUUCCCGUCGCCCCAGAGGACGUUUCGAAGAUAGUCGUCACCAUCCUGUUGGAAAUUUGUGAGUUCCUGUGCAUGCCAUUUGGACUCCACAAAGCUUCCCAGACCUUUCAGAGGUUCGUAGAUAAAGUGCUUCGCGGCUCAACAUUUGUCAACGCCUAUAUCGACAACCUUCUGGUAGCCAGCUCCACCGCCGAAGAACACAUGGAGCAUCUUGCAACGCCGUUUGGCCGCCUUCAACAAUUUGGCGUUGUUCUCAACCCGUCCAGCUGCGUCUUCGGUGUGCCCUCCGGAAAAUUUCUCGGACAUAUGAUCGACUCCAGCGGCAUCUAUCCACUUCCAUCAAAGUUUGCGGUUAUACGUGACUUCCCUUCACCCUCUUCCAAACAUCAGCUGCAGCGAUUUCUGGGCAUGGUGAAUUUCUACUGCCGGUUACUUCCGCAUUGCGCUGACACCAUUCUGCCGCUCGCGAGCCUCCUCUCGGGUCCCAAAGUUUCGUUCGAGAUGUCUGCAGACACCCUCGCUAAUUUUGACAAGGUGAAGGUUGCUCUGGCCGACGCCACUUUCCUGACGCAUUUUUCUCUCGAUGCUCCCACCUCCCUCAUGGUUGACGUCUCCAAUGUAGCAGUAGGUGCGGUUCUCCAACUGCACUUUGCAGGUCACACAAACCCUUAGCUUUCUUCUCCAGGAAGUUAUCACCAGCCGAGGCGCACUACAACACAUUUGGACGGGUGCUCCUUGCUGUCUUCCUCGCCGUGAAACAAUUCCGGCACUUCCUUGAGGGCAGGAACUUCACCAUGUUCACGGAUCACGAGCCCCUUUCGUUCGCUAAGUUCAUAUCUGAUAAUUUCAACCCCCGGGAAAUUCGCCAAGUGAACUACAGUUCGCAGUUUACCCCAGACAUCCGCCACAUCGACGGGUCACGCAAUGAGGUUGUUGACGCACUAUCCAGGUUCUCUAUCGCAUAUCUCCAACUUUCUUCCGGUAUCGACCUAGCUGAGAUGGCUGCUGAGCAACGCCGUGUUGGUUUUCCCUGUGACGAGGACGUUUCCGGACUCCAACUUCAGGACCUACACCUGACUACUGGCAACGACACCAUUCUAUACGGCAUAUCAACCGCCUCCUAUUAG